AGAGCAGAGCGCGAACAGCGUCAGACACAGCCUGGACACGGAGAGCGAGACGCGUAAAAGGCACAUUUUACGCACGGCGCGGACUGAACAGUUUGCGAGUAGAUCGUAACCUGUUACCUUAUAUUUGAACUAUUUCAGUCAAAGUCUGUUAUUUCCGAGACAGUUAUGUAGUGUAUACUGUGCGUAAUCCACUAAACGAUUUAACAGCACAUUCCUGUAACUUAAAAAUGGACAUUCUCUUCAACAGUACGGGGGCGCCUGUCUGGACCACCAGCAGCCCCAACGACACCCACAACGGGACCGAGUACUGGAACCAGUUCGUACAGCCGGUGUGGAGGAUCGUGCUGUGGGCAAUAGCGUACAGUUGUAUUGUCAUAGUCUCCGUGGUCGGUAACGUUACUGUGAUUUGGAUUAUCAUGGCACACAAGCGCAUGAGGACCGUCACGAACUAUUUCCUCCUGAAUCUGGCGUUUGCCGAAGCGUCGAUGUCUGCUUUCAACACCGUUAUCAACUUUACUUACGCCGUGCACAACGAGUGGUACUUCGGGCUGGUGUACUGCCGUUUCCACAACUUCUUUCCCAUCGCUGCGGUCUUCGCCAGCAUCUACUCCAUGACAGCCAUCGCCUUGGACAGGUACAUGGCCAUCAUCCACCCCCUGCAGCAGCGCAUGUCGUCCACGGAGACCAAGGUGGUAGUGGCAGUGAUCUGGGUCCUGGCUCUGCUCCUGGCCUUUCCGCAGUACUACUACUCCAACACUGACCAGCUGCCCGGCCGAGUGGUCUGCUACAUCGACUGGCCCAAUUACACCUUCUGUGACUUCAAGAAAAUGUACUAUGUGUGUGUGGCUAUCCUGAUCUACUUUCUGCCACUGCUGGUGAUGGGCUGUGCUUAUCUGGUGGUGGGCCUGUCUUUGUGGGCCAGUGAGAUCCCAGGAGAUUCCUCAGACCGGUACAAGGAGCAACUGACUGCCAAGCGCAAGGUGGUGAAGAUGAUGAUUGUAGUCGUGUGCACGUUCGCCAUCUGCUGGUUACCAUACCACGUGUAUUUCCUGUUGCACCAGUUUUUCCCAGACAUGUUUGAGGAGCGCUACAUCCAACAAGUCUAUCUGUUCAUCAUGUGGCUGGCCAUGAGCUCCACCAUGUACAACCCCAUCAUCUACUGCUGCCUCAAUGACAGGUUCCGCGCCGGUUUCAAACAGGCUUUCCGCUGCUGCCCAUGCGUCCCCCGUGGCUCCUACGAAGGUCUAGAACUCAAGUCGACCCGGUACCUCCAAACCCAAACCAGCGUCUACAAAGCCAGCCGUAUGGAGACCAGCGUGUCCACCGUUCUCCAGGUAGGGGAUGACGGGGACCAAGCCAAGGCUAAAUCUGUCACCGCCUCUGGGUCAGCUCUCCUCAACUCCUCCCUGGACCUCACCUCCAAUGGCUCCUUGUCCCGGAGCAUGUCCAAAACUGUAUCGGAGGCGUCCAGCUUCUAUUCCAGUAACAACCUUCAUGACUAGAAAGGGUUGGAACGAUCUGGAGAGAGUGAGAUUGUACUUGUCACUGCUUUGGCGUUGUCUAAAAAUCCAAUGUGAAUUUGUAAAAAAAACAAAAAAAGUGGCAAUAGAUUUGUAAAUAUAUUGGAUUAAUGAACCCAGGUUAUUCACAGUGAUUUGUUGCUCAAAUGUUUAGAACAUUGCUUUUAAUGGCAGUAUUUGGCUCACGUCGUUUUUGUUUGUUUUUUUCAUAGAAGUUAUGAUUUUUCCUACUAUACAUUGAUUAACCCACCACUUAUUUUAGUUUCAAACAUUAAAUGUUCUACAGUUUUUUAUCAUUUGAGAGUUUGAAAAUUAGUGUGACGCUAACUUUACUUAAAUUUUACCUGGCCAAAAUGAAUCAAUGAAUGAAUGCGUGAGUUGUUGUACAUUUCCAAGUGUUAUCCCAAUCAAUGUCUUGUCUUGGGAGUCCUGUCUGAUGCCCACCUGGGAUUGAUAAAAGAGACUUUAAGAAGACUCCCACACACUGUCUCACUCUUGGUUCAGUUUUAUUAGUGCAAUGUUUUGGUUCCUCUGACCUUCCGUUCAGUCAAGUGCCUCUCCUCCAACGCACCUGUUGCCCAGUCAGUUGUGUAGUCUACUCAGAAACAUUGACAAAAGAAAAAAAUCAUGUUAUUCAUUUUAGAGCUUAUUCAUCCAUUUCCUUCCACUUAUCGGGGGGCCGGUUCGCAGGGGUAGCAGUCUAAGCAGAUUCCCAGACUUCCCUCAACCCAGACACUUCCUCCAGUGGGACCCAAAUGUGUUCCCAGGUCAGGAUCCUGGUGGGACAUGCCCAGAUACCUGCUAGUGCCAAUGGCUUAAAUUGGUACAAAGAAGCUUUUUAGUAAAAGUACUGGACAUUAUAAAUUCAAGUCCCAGCUCUGAUGAAUGUUAAAAACUCUCUCUCGUACUGUGCAAGGGAUCCCCAGCUGCUCAAGUCAAACCACGCCAUUCCAAUCUGAACUCAUUUUAAAUUUUGGAUUGAACAAAUCCAUUUAAAAUCCCAAGUCUCCUGCUCUCUUUUCUCUCUGUUCUCUCUCUUUCUCCCUCUCUCUCACUCACCAGAAUUACACAUCCUCAUUCACACUAGCUCCAUGACUUCACACCAUCUAUUUUAGAUGGAGGCUCCGACAUGUAAUUGAAAAGUCAUGAACACACCGGCAGCCUGGGCUAUGUCUUCUUUGAAUUCAGCCCUCCCCAGGAAAGAAUCAACCUAAAACAUUUGUCAUUUGUGCU